AUGAAAUAUAAACAUUUAGUACCUGCAACAGAAUCAUGUUCACCUCCUUUGUUAACUGUUAAUUCAGUAGCAGUAGAUCCUUUAUUAGAAAUUCCUGCUAACGCAUUAGCCCAAAAAAGAGCAGCAGAUAAAAUCAAGAUUGCUGAAAAAAAACUUCAAGAAUUUGAGAAAAUUUACAAUAUGACUACUGAUAUUCAAGUCUCAAACUCAAUUGCUGCAAAAGCAUACCACCAUCCAGCACAAGUUGCAGUCACUGGGGUUUCAUGUAUUGAAACGUAUAAACAUCUCUAUAGUUACUACUGUCUUGUAUUAGUAAAAUGUAUGAAGCAAUUUGCUAGCACUUUUGAUAACAUGUCAGUUAUUGUCUCUCAAGACAACAAGGUGAAAAUAGGUCUUGGAGUACCUGCAGAUUUAGACAAAAAUUAA